AUGUCCAGAGUUGGUGUUUUAGUUCUUGGUCCGGCUGGUGUGGGCAAGUCGACGUUCUGCUCGGCGCUUAUUUCUCAUAUCCAGUCGAUUGGUCGACGAGCUCAUAUCGUGAACCUGGAUCCCGCCGCUGAGCCGUCGGAGUACGAGUUUUCCGUCGAUAUUCGAGACCUGAUUUCCCUGAAAGAUGUCAUGGAAGAGAUGGAAUAUGGACCUAAUGGUGGUCUUGUAUACUGUUUCGAGUUUCUUUUGAACAAUUUGGACUGGUUAGACGAGGAGAUCGGGGAUUAUGAAGAAGAGUAUCUGAUAUUCGACUGCCCCGGUCAGAUCGAGCUCUAUACUCAUAUUCCAGUGUUACCAGCAUUAGUCAAGCAUUUGAGAAACACACUCAACUUCUCACUAUGUGCCACAUAUCUUUUAGAAGCGCCUUUUGUCAUUGACCGACCGAAAUUCUUUUCAGGCGUGCUUUCAGCCAUGUCCGCCAUGAUCCUUCUUGAAACUCCGCAUAUCAAUAUUCUUAGUAAAAUGGAUACCAUCACCGACGAAGUACCUAAACGAGAACUAAAAAGGUACUUGAAUCCCGACCCAUUACUCAUGGCACACGAAGCCAACGAACGAACCAACCCCAAAUUCCACGAACUAAAUAAGAGCAUCGCCAUGCUGACUGACGACUUCGGCAUGGUCCAAUUCCUGCCGCUCGAGGCCAAGAACCCUGACAGUGUAGCCACGAUCCUCAGCUACAUCGACGACGUGACCCAAUGGGCCGAGGCUCAAGAGCCCAAAGAGCCCAAAGACGAGCUCGAAGAGCUGGAUGCCGCCGAUUUCUAG